AUGCAAACAUCUCAAAUGAAUCAAUACUGUAAUACUAGAAAAUUUCCAGUAUUUGAUGCAAUAGACUCUACUCCUGUUUUAGAAGAUAAUGAACCAUAUCAUUUAAAACUUUGUUUUUGUCCAUUAUGCCAAAAAGGAAUGGCUGUUUUAGCAAAAGAACGAUCAAGAAAUGUUAUUUCAUGGCAGUAUAUUUGUAGAGUUAUUUUUUAUUGUUUAUCAGUGAUUUAUAAAAAGAAUGGAUAUUUUUCUUUAAAAUAUGAUGUUCAUUGGUUUAUUGUUGAUCAUUGGUAUCUUUUUUCACAAUUAGACCAAUUUAGAACUAAUCCAAAUAAAUGGAAAAAAGCUAUUUUAGACGCUAUGAUUCAUUGUAAUUUAUUUGAGUCAGGUAAAUCAACAAUGAAUAAAACUGGUGUUUGGAAAUUACGUAAAUAUGAAGCACCUUGGGAAUGUUCAGAAAAUAAUUGUUGUGAAUAUAACAAUAUGAAUUCAGAGAAAUUAAUGUCAACUGAAUGUUCUCAAGAAGAAUUUAUUCUAAAUGAAAAAGAUAAAAAAUGUGCAUUACCUUCUCUUUCUUCAAUGUAUAAAUAUUCAAUGAAUGAUAUUAGUCCUGAAGUUACUCCAUUACCUAGUCUGUCUAAAGUUCUUAAUGAAAAUAUUAAAUUAGAUGAUUUUAAUGGUUUUGUUCAAAACCUUCUUUGA